UUUUAAAUUAGCAAUGGGAUGGCGUUUUGGUAUAACUGUAUAACCUUGCCUAAAUAUGGAGUAUAUUACCUAAAUAUGGACCGCCCAACUUGCCACAGCGAGAUGGCUGCAACGCCGCCAUAUCUCGCGGAAUUGCCAUCAUUUCUUUUGCUUUUCCGCAGUCGAUCUGUAAUAUUCCCGAAUCCUACUUGAAACUCCGUCGAGAUAUCAGCAGAAGAAGUUAUUCUUGCUAUUUUUAAAGAGGACAUAACGUUAAUUAAGAGGAUGACCUCCGGAGCGAUGUGGGGAUUUGAGAGGUUAAGGAGAGGCGUAAAGAUAUUGUAUUUCAUGGUGGCGAUGGUGGCUUCUCUGCUGGUGAUAUCUUCCCCUGUGCUGGUGGCGAUGGGUGACAUGAUAGUGCAGUGCGUGUUGAUUUCGUGCUUCACGUGCAUCAGUGGUUACAGUUUUCAAGAACACUUGCAUAUAUACACAUUCAAGAGUUCAUUAACUGACAUUCCUCUAGUUUCAAUCAUCAGAUCUCUCGUCAUCACCUGUGUGUAUUCUUUGUGCAAUGGCGCUUCCCUCUCUCACGAAACCUAUCUUGGAGCCGUGACAUUUUGUUCAGUCAUUUCAGUUCUUCUUCUUUCCAUCAAGGCUUGUGUUUUUUCUGUCAAUUCUUACCUGGAAGCUGAAGCUUCAAUCUCCAUCUCACGGCAAAAGUUUCAUUUGAUGAAGUCAUGGGGGAUGCCAGUCUUGUUUCUCUCAUCUGUGGUGUUUGCUCUUGGACAUUCAGUUAUUGCAUACAGAUCAAGUUGUAGAGCUAGAAGGAAACUCUUGUUUCACCGCAUUGACCCCGAUGCUGUCCGAGCCAAAGUUGUUUUUCCUGGAUACCAGAAGGUUCCACGUUCCCCAAUCCCUUCUGCUGGGAAGGCACCAAGAAGUGACAAUGGAUUGCGGACAAAAUCUGCACGAUUUGCUCAUGUUGAUGGUCAACUGCCUGUUAGAUUACUGGCUGAUUCUGACAGCUUAUUUAUCUCUUGUCUUGGACUUGCCAUUCAUUAUAAGAUAAGUUUGCCUGGUUCACCUCCCUGUUCCUUUUCCUCCAUGGCCUUUUUUGACAGGUCAGCGGUAAGUGGUUCAUCCAGAAAUGAACAGAAACUUCGAAGGAGCUUCAGUAACCAAUAUAAUUCUUCAUCUCUAUCUAUUCCUUUGCUCGAUACCUCUCCCAAAUCCCCUGUUAUGUUUGAAGAUAUACCUGUUUUGAGCCUAUCUGAGACAAGGUGUGAGGAUAAUCAGAUUAAUAACUUGCCAUAUCCACCAAACAUGAGAGAUUUGGAAGCAAACCAUGAGCAUGGGAUUGUUUUAGUACAUGGCUUUGGAGGUGGGGUCUUUUCGUGGAGAAAUGUGAUGGUCAUGCUAGCUCAACAAGUGGGUUGUACUGUGGUUGCUUUUGAUAGACCGGGUUGGGGGUUGACAUCAAGGCCCUGCCGUAGAGACUGGGAGGAAAAACAAUUGCCUAAUCCAUACAAGAUUGAUUCCCAGGUAGAUCUGCUUCUUUCUUUCUGUCUCGAAAUGGGGUUCUCCUCUGUUAUACUGGUUGGCCAUGAUGAUGGAGGGUUGCUAGCACUAAAGGCUGCUCAAAGAGUCCAGUCAUCCAUGGGCUCAAUUAAUGUUAUCAUCAAGGGGGUGGUAUUGCUGAGUGUGAGCUUGACAAGAGAACUGGUCCCUGGCUUUGCAAGAAUUUUGUUGCGCACGUCGCUUGGGAAAAAGCACUUAGUCGGACCUCUUUUGCGAACUGAAAUAACUCAAGUGGUUAAUAGACAUGCGUGGUAUGAUGCUACAAAGCUCACCACGGAAGUCCUAAGUCUUUACAAGGCCCCGCUGUUUGUAGAAGGUUGGGAUGAAGCACUCCACGAGAUAGGGAAAUUAUCAUUUGAGACAGUUCUCUCCCCUGGCAAUGCAAUUUCUGUGCUAAAAGCGGUUGAAAACAUACCAGUACUGGUAGUUGCAGGUGCAGAAGAUGCACUUGUGCCAUUAAAAUCUGUUCAAAUAAUGGUGUCAAAAUUUGUAAAUUCAAGACUAGUCGCAAUAUCUGGUUGUGGACAUCUUCCUCAUGAGGAAUGUCCCAAGGCUUUGCUUGCAGCUAUGUCACCGUUCAUAAGUAGAAUAUUAGAGGCACCAGAAUCUUAACACGCACUACUGUUAGUGCAACCCUCAUCCUCUUCAAGUUAUGUUUCUCUAUUGUUUGGGGAAAAGGCAGAGUUUGUUGGUCUGGGCUCCUGUUUCCCUUUAGUUUUUGUAUUUAUCCAAAUCUUCAGUUCACUUGAAGAGGCAAAGUCCCAAGUUUUGUCUCUCCUUUUGGGCAAAUUUUUUGAUGAUGAUUAAUAUUAGGGCAUUAUGAUGAUUUUGUUUGUUUGUUUGUUUGAUACUCUCUAGUUAAGGUUUGUUUUGUCCAAGCAAACACGUUCUAUUGUUUGUCCACAUGUAAAUGGGAAUCUCUCUGUACAGAUGCAGAGCAGCAGAGGUCGUUCCGUCGUUUGAGCAGAUCUUGUUGUAAACAGUGCUUCCUUCACAUAUUUGUUUCAUCCUCUAUCUCUCUUUUUCUCUCUGUUUAAUUACAUAACAACUUCCCCUAUCAAUAAGUUGGUGUGUCACUUGGUUAAAUUUA